UCAAUGAGUAGUUCGUCUUUACAUGCGGACUUAAGUUACAAACUACUUUAAUAUCAACUUUAGAACUCAUAGAAUAAUCAAUUUAGUUUCGUAUUUGAUAAUCGUGCAAGGCGUUUAGUGGUGGUGACGUCAUCAUGUGACGCAGUGUAGUCUGUUUAUAGCAGUUUGUUGUCUGUUUUUGUCAAUUUAACGCUUCGAAAAUGUGAAGCGUUGUUCAUCUCUGAAGAUUUUCUUGGUGAACAAAACGUGUGGUGGCCUAUGUCCUAUUUGACUUCCACAAAGUCUGACUUUCUACCUAGACAGAUUAGGUAAACAAUAAAUGGACUGUGAUGAAUACAACACAAAGAGCAGAAGAAAAGCCCAAAAUGAAGGAGGACCUGCCAUGCCAUAACUCUGAAACAUUCUGCGUUUGGAAUGAUCUGGGCAGAGCAGCUGCUGCACCUUGUCAGUACAGUCCAUCCUCACUUCCUGGACCCAGAAUGUUGGCAAGCUGCGCUGAUCCCCCAAAACGAUGACAAGUCGACUCCAAGUCAAGGGUUCCAAUUGGUCUUUGCUGAGCCAGAUCCAGAGAGAUCUCAAGGUGACCAUGGCCGUACCGGCUGCUCUGAUCCCCUCAACUCCUCUCGUCCCGCCGCCUCCGAUCUCGACUCCCUCCGCGACGACGUCCCCGCCGUCGACAACUUCAUCGCCGUCUCCAUCCCUGGCCCCCCCGUCCGGACCCGGGCAGAACCUGUUCAGAUCAGAGCUCCUCGCCACCGGCAGCCCGGGCAUCCCGACCGCGGGUCUCCCUCCCGGCAAACCCGUGUACUCGACCCCGUCGCCUGUUGAAAACAUACCGCAAAACAAUGAGUGCAAGAUGGUCGAGUUGCGCGGCGCCAAAGUGGCGUCUUUCACCGUGGACGGCUGCGAGCUCAUCUGCCUUCCGCAGGCUUUCGACCUGUUCCUGAAGCACCUGGUCGGCGGACUGCACACGGUCUACACCAAGCUGAAGCGGCUGGAGAUCACGCCGGUGGUGUGCAAUGUGGAGCAGGUCCGCAUCCUCAGAGGGCUCGGCGCCAUCCAACCCGGGGUGAACCGCUGUAAACUCAUCUCCAGAAAAGACUUCGAGACUCUGUACAACGACUGCACCAAUGCGAGCUCCAGACCCGGUCGGCCUCCGAAGAGGACCCAGAGUGUGACUUCGCCAGAGAACCCCCACAUCAUGCCCCACUCAGUCCCCGGCCUCAUGUCCCCUGGCAUGAUGCCACCCACAGGCCUGACAGCAGCGGCGGCAGCAGCUGCCAACGCAGCCAUCGCAGAGGCCAUGAAGGUCAAGAAGAUCAAGCUGGAGGCGAUGAGCAGCUACCACAGCAACGCCAACCACCAUGGGGCCGACGGAGAGAAUGGAGACCUCAGCUCCAGCGUCGGCCUGGAACUCCCCUUCAUGAUGAUGCCACACCCCCUGAUCCCAGUCAGCCUGCCCCCAGCCUCUGUCACCAUGGCCAUGAGCCAGAUGAACCACCUCAGCACCAUCGCCAACAUGGCCGCCGCAGCACAGGGCCAGAGCCUGCCCUCCAGAAUGGUCACCUCUGUUAUAAAGCUGCUGGGGUUGCAGGAGCGAGUGCCGGACAGUCCAUCCCCUGCUCCCUCCUUAGAAGACCACAGGAGGCCGGGCAGUCACCCAUCAUCCCACCGCAGCAGCAGUGUGUCCAGCUCCCCAGCCCACACAGAAAGCUCCUCAGACAGGAUACCCGCACACCACAAUGGCCUGUCCAUGAACCACGCCCUGCUAGGCCUGUCCCCCAACAUCCCCCCUGGGCCUAAAGAGGGAGACCUGGCCCACGACAUGAGCCAUGAAGCAGCUGCACACAAGAGGAUGCACACUGACAAAGAGGACAACUCGAUGUGCACCCCGACAGCAAGAGAUAGCUACGAGAGGUUGUCAUUUGCCGGACAGGCUCUGCCCCCUGGCUUCCCCUCACCAUUCCUCUUCCCAGACGGCCUGUCGUCAAUAGAGACUCUCCUCACCAACAUACAGGGCCUGCUCAAAGUGGCGAUUGACAACGCGCGGGCUCAGGAGAAGCAGGUGCAGCUGGAGAAGACAGAGCUGAAGAUGGAGCUGUUCAGAGAGAGGGAGCUCAGGGAGACUCUGGAGAAGCAGCUCGCCAUGGAGCAGAAGAACAGAGCAAUCAUUCAGAAGCGUCUGAAGAAGGAGAAGAAGGCCAAGAGGAAACUCCAAGAGGCUCUGGAGUACGAAUCCAAGAGGAGAGAGCAGGUGGAGCAGACUCUGAAGCAGCCCUCGCCCUCUGACAGCAUGCGCUCGCUCAACGGUCAGACGCUCCACAGUGACACACGGUUACUGUACAUUUCACAUCUAACAGACUCUCUGACCCCUGAGAUGGAGAGUGACCGCAGCAGUGGAAGAACAGAUGCUGAAAGGACAAUACAAGAUGGAAGACUGUUCCUGAAAACCACCGUGAUGUACUGAUAAGGCCGCGAGGAGCUGGAGGAAAUAAAAAAUAAAGAAAUUCUGAAAAAAAGAAGAAGAAAAAAAAGAGAGAAAGAAAAAAAAGAAAAACCCAUGAAGAUUCUCAAGAGCCCUUAUCCAGGCUGAUUUAGUAGAGGAACGAGGUCAAGCUGCUUGUAGGAGUUCAGUGGAAAUGCUGUGGUCACCCCCAAAUGCUGGAGGAGAUUGUGUCUGAAUGUAGAGUAAGAAGAGGCCGACAUUAAAUAGUUUGAUGAGGCAGGUUUUGACGUAGCGAGUUGGCCAGCGUGAAGGAUAAACACAUAUAUUGAGCACAGUAAAAAUGUACCCGUGGUACACUGUUGGUAAUAACUCAUAAAUUCUCAGCACUGAAGAUUUUUAUACUGUAUCUCAGCCAGCGAGAAAGCUUCGAAAAACGAAAUCCGACUGAAGUUUUGUUUUGUAUUUCAAAUUGAAUUUUAAGACACUUAAAAGAAAAGAGAAAAAAAAACGUGGAAGAUGAACCCUGUGGAGAGAGAGGAGGAAAAAAAAGCAAAUCGAUCCAUGUGUUCAUCGAAAAAGAGAAGACCGAUGUUUGAUUCUCAUGUUUUCUAAAUUAGAUGACAAUACAAUCAAGUUUCCUUUUUACCAUUGUUGUAUAUACAAGAUCUGAUGAUAAUGAUAGGAAAAACUCACUCUAUCGAGCCCGAGUGGAUUGAUAAGGUAUGUGUAUAUAACGUUAAGAGGUAUUGUGUAUGCAGUAGAGCUAUUAGGCAAACAAUACCACCAUUUAUAUAAACCUACAGUUUUUGUUUUUGUUCUAUUUCUGAGCCAUCAUUCUUUCCUAUAGCUGCCAUUUUUUUGGUGAGAAAGCAUGCAGGCAUGUAAAUGUUUGUCCUGGAAUUAUGAUAUUUAAUAAAAUCCUAUAUUGUGCUGAACAAAUACUAGGGUUGACUCACUCAAGCCCAGAUGAUUUUGAAAACAUAAUUAUCAAACAUUUCACUUUCAAAAAUGAAGACUUUUGCUGUCAAUAGUACUGUAAUCUUUGUAACAGAGGUAAUAUUUCUUGGAAUUUACUGUACAUUUUUUGUCAUGAGACACACUCGAAGUCAGCACCUCUCAAUGCUUUUUUUAAGAAAAAAAAAAGGAUCCAGACUAGUAACGAUCAGCUCGAAAAACAACUUUUUUGAAAAACCUGAAUGCCAUUUAACUGCAUUUGCUCAAAUCCCUGUUGAACCCACGCAAAAACACACUUUUCUUUUAUUUUCGAGUGUUUCAUGAUAUCCUGAAAGAAAAAGAAAAAAAAGAGAAAAAAAAGCCCAUAAUAACUUAUGAUUUUCCUUGUUUCCUUUCCCCGAAGACUUUUGAAUUUCGGUGCUGAGAAACACCUGUGUAUAUUCUCUAGACAUACGCUGAUGUCAGUCCUUUAACUGCAAAACAGUUUAGACCUUAUGUGUUACAAUCAGAAGGCGGAAGAGGAGGAAGAGGAGAAGUGUCCCAUGUUCACAAUGUGUUUGUUCUUUAUGUUCUCAAUGGAGUGUCUAGGUCUGUUGUCACUGAUAACUUAUAUAGCUUCUCGAAUCAUCUCUUCAUUGUACUUCAAGUUCAAAAUAAAGUUAACAUGUUGAUGAUAAAA